AUGAAAAACAAACGGACAGAUCCACUUAGCCCGAUUCCUGGUAAAGUUAUCAAUAUACGUGAAAACGCCGUGACAGCCCGAUUUGAUGACGGGAAAGUUUUUAUGCGAGACAAGUCACAUUUCAAGAUUGUACGAGAGAGAUCUUACGUCGAAGAACGAGAAAGAGUACGAGAAGAAGAAACGUUUCGAGACAACAUACUCAACCUCAUACUCAAUAUUCAUACUCAUACUCAAUAUUCAUCAAUACGUCCUCGCGCGUUAGCAUGCGCACGCACGCUGGGCGCUCCGCAAAAGUUUGCAUUUUUUUCCAUCAAGAACACAAGAUUUCAGUAA